AUGGCCGAGUCAAGGAUGCAUACCUUCACUCUGGUCAUGUUCGGCGGCCACGUGCUUGGCCUAGCUCUAGCCACGGACUUUGUCAUGAUCUCUAAAAGGUUCAUAGCAGACGGACUCAACCCAGCCUGCAUAUCAAGCACGAACCUGCAGGACAUCACCAACGUAUAUGGACCAUUUUUGUUUGGACGUGAAGACCUACGAGACAGGAUCCAAAUCUAUGACGACGAGGAGGCAAUGACGCCCUUUUACCAACUAGAGGAUCGCAGCCUCAAACUUCCCACCCUUGACUGGGUUAGGAGUACUUCCGCCCAAGUAAGGGCUGGCGAUCGUAUUAUAAUAGUUCUGAUCGGACAUGGUAAUUCCGAUGGCUAUAUCGAAUUGAAUCCCCAGCAUGGACCAGUUGAGUUUUUAGCAAAAGCUGAGAUGCUUGCGGCACUUUCCGUCUUGCCGCGUGACGUCCGCCUCCUCAUAAUCAAUGAGGCGUGCUUUUCGGGGAAAUGGGCCACGAUGGCCCCCGAUCUAGGUCCCGAACGAGAUGUGCUUAUAGAGACGUCGACCACCUUUGGCGAAAGAUCCUUUACCUAUACGUCAUAA